CACGGCUUCGCUUUGCCCUGCUUCUUUGCCAUCGCCGACGUCAAAUCCCCGUCUGUUCCCACCCGGUCGACCCCGGGACCGGACCCAGAUAAUAUUCAUUAGUUCUGAUUCUCCAGUCUCCAGUCUCACUUCUCCAGGCCCUCUCAUUCGAUCACCUGAGGCCCACGAGCCCGCCUUUUCUCUCACCUCACCGGUAACGCCUUGUUCGGGGACAGACCCUGGGAAAAAGCCGCAACAUCAACAAAACAUAUCCGCUUCGUUGUAAACAAACCCAACCCAGUCAGCCAUCCAGAGAUAUAGCGAAAAGAAACGCAAGUCGACCGCGCUCCCUGGGGCAAGACACUCCGGAAGCAACCUCUGGAACGCUGAGCCGUCUGGGCCUGUCCUGAGAGCCCGUAACCUUAAAAAAACCGGCGGGCUAAAGGUUCCAAACGACGCCACACCACUGCUUCCGCUUUAGAAGGGUAACCCCUCCUUCUUCCAUGUCAAAGUCUCGCGCUCCAGCUCGGUGCACUCGAUCCUUCUCCGGGCGCAUUUCUUGGUCUCCCCCACGUGCUCCAUGCCAGUUGGGAAAGGAAUGAGGCUGAUUCAGGCGUAGCCAAGCGGGUUGCGGAUGCUCGGCGCACUUUUUGGCGGUGGCCUGGGCUCGCUGUUUCCUGGUGCCGAUGCGGACGGUCGGUGUUGGCCCUUGUGCAACUUGAACUUGCUUGGGGUGUCUUGUCACUCUUGUGUCUCGUUUCCCCAUUCUCGUUUUCCCUCCCCUCAUCUUGUUUCUCCGCUGGAGCAGGUAGACCGUGUAGCUGUCUUCCACUGCUACUCGCAGCAAGCACUACGGCGACGACGACGUAGCAGCAGCAGCAGCAGCAGGUGAAGAGGAGUGACGACAACGAGGACGACAACGGCAACGACAGUCGUUCUUGGAGGGUGACGACAACGAGGACGACAACGGCAACGACAGUCGUUCUUGGCCUACUCGCACUCGGGUUGAGCCGACGAGCUCUUGGCCUUGCAGUCGCUGAAUCAGUUCUGCGUGGGCAGUGUCUGCUGAAAACGACAAGGUGAGGCAGGCCGAGACGACCGCCACACACUCUUCCCCAUCGCUCAUCCUAUCCCGUCCCAUCCCAUCCCAUCCGCCUGGGGACUCCGCCCAUUCCGCUGCGUCAGCCUGUCGCUCCCACCUUUCAUCUCGCCCAUUAGAUAACCCCCCCGGCGCCGCUCAUCUCGCUCCCCCUCCCAUCUGGGUCCAAGUCUCACCGUAUGUUGGAUGACAUGACCGCCGCUUCUUCGUCUCGGUGGAUUUAAAUUUGCUCACAGUCACUACCAGACACAUCGCGUCGUCUUUGGCAUCGAACCAUAGCAGCCGUUGUCGCCGCUGCCGUCGCCUUUUGUCGCCAUUGCGUAUCUCCCAUUGCCCGAUCCAUGCAUCGCGUCCGGUGAUCAUAGUCGCUGUAAAGAGAGUCGUCUCUGAGAGACUGGGGUGCGGUCUGCGGCCCCGGCCUGCAUGGUGUAGGACUCGUCCCGGUCUGGCAGCCUGGCCAUCGCCAUCACCAGUUGGUCGAGAGAAAAGCUUGAUCCGUCAAGCAAGCUGCCGCCACCGCGAUCGACGUCGGCAGCACCAGCACGCGACGCCGUCAUCAGGAGAGCGUAGGAAAGGACAGGGACCGGAGCUGGAGACGGGUGCAAGAGGUGUAAUCUGCCUGUAAACAACAAGGUCAGCAAGGAUGACUUCGUACACGGAUGUAACGGGCGCUGCGGUGUCGGGCAAAUUGUCCAAGUCGCGAAGUAAACCAGUGGUGAAGCCGAUACUGAAGAAGCUGUCGCACUCGGAAAAGAACUCGUUGGAUUUGGACCGUGGGUGGGAUGAGCAGCAGACAAUGUUUGGAAACUAUGGGAGCAGUUUGGGUGGUGGCAGCCUGGGACGAGAGAGGGAAGGAUCUUUUGGGGGAAGGGACGUCAGCUUCAGCAUCUCGGCCACCGAACUUCACCACAGCGGCAGCAUCAACAACGGAAGGAGCAAAUUCUCCCACGCCCGUUCAACCAGCGGCACCUCCCACGUCAGUGUUGCUACAAGUGGCAGUGGCCAGCGAAACGGCAGCUUCGUCCACCCUUUCCAACAAACACCGCGUACCUCAACACCACCUCUCUCGUACGCCAAUUCUCUCGCCAGCAUCGAACACGCCAACAGCAAUAGCAACACCAAUAUUUCUGCCGGCAUACCUGCUCCCCGCGACUACUCCCCGACAAUAACAGAAGACGACGACGAUCUGCUCGAUCAACAUUAUUUACAUCAUCGCAACAAAUACCACCCGCCAUUACCCUCAUCUUCUGCAAUCCCCAUCACCAGCAAUCCUUCCUCCUCUUCUUACCCCAGGCGACCCUCACUGGCAAGCCGCACUUCCUCUCUAUCUGAUAUCAACAACCAUACUGGUCCUCCGUCGUUGCGCAUCAACACCAGUCGUACAAAUUCAAACACUACCUCAUCACGACUAGUCCACGUAUCUAGUCACUCGGAUAUCAACAUCUCAGCAGGCAGGCUUUCAGAGUCAGCUGCCCCCAGUAGUACAGCACCUGUACUUUCACCUUUAUCCUCAGCUUCACCCUCAACCUCCGUCACUGCCAUGUCGCCUCUUCGCACCUCCAUUGACGGCUUCCGCCUUCGCUCUCGUUCUGAGCUCGACUCCAACUACCACCAGGAGCGUAUCCGCCAGGAGCGCCGCCGUUGGGAGGAGAAGGAGCGUCAGAAGAGUGAGAAGAAGGACAAGAAGGACAUGCGCGACCGAGAGCGUGCCGAUUUCAAAGAGGCACAGCGCUACGAGCGUGAGCAGCACCAGAUGAUGAAGAGAGAGGCAAAGGAGGCCGCCCGAAAGCAGAGCUUCUCCCACAGCACCCGCAACAGCUCCAGCGACAUCAUCCGCCCUUCCAUCAGUCGCAAGAAGACUCCCUCGGAUGCCAAGAAGGCCACUACCGAUGCUGAGAAGCUGGCCAUGGGUGCCCAGGGCGACGUUGGAUUUGCCAGCCGCAACUACGCCAGCACCAACCAGGGUCAAGAGCCUGUUGCUGAUGAGCUCAUGUUCGAAGGUCCCCGUCGCUCCCAGACAGCCAAGCGCAAGACGCAGGGUGCCUGGACGAGCUUCGUUCUUUGGUUCCGGACUAGAAUUCUGCGACUCCAGACCAACAUGGCCAAGAAAUAAAGAGCUUGUUCAGAAGAAAGCACUCUCUCGGCCUACGCCUGCCAUCUUCGCCCCUUGUUCACCUCAGCGUCAUCCUGGCGCUCACCGCCCAGUCCGCAUUCUCCCGCCACAUCACACAACAUGGUACACAACAACUCCGAGCAUGAAUGAGACAGAUCCUAUCAUCAUGACAACGGGCGGACAAGGCAGCCCUUGUCCCACUGCAUUUUACCUUUCAUCAUAUACCCCAAGCCCCAAAACAACUCAUCAACAAAACCGCUUUACCUCUUUUCACGACACCACCAGAUGCCCUUGCAGAGGCCAGGGCUUCUUUGAAUAUUUUUACGCUCUCAACAACACCCACGAUUAUGACCAGCAUUCAGACGAAUUUCCGGACAUGGGCUGAUGAGCAAGAAGAAAAAGAAAAAAGGAUUUUCACUUCCUUCGUUUUUUACGGAACUCGGAUUGGCAUGGCGUUUGGGAUUUUUCAGUUCUUUGUAUCUCAUCAUUUUCCCUCUCUCUUUUUCUCUCUCUGGUAUGACACCCCUCAGGAAACAUGGGAGAAUCACUCGUUUGGCUGCCGUGGGAAACGGCAUGGACAUAGGGAUUGAGAAGAAACCUUGGGCCCUCGUUGGCUUCUUGGAGGAAACUUCCAAUCAAGGGGAACGGCGUCUUGGUUCCGAGCGAGCGAGCGAAAUGGGCAUCUGGCCAGAAAACAGCUUAUUCCUACGGGAACAGCGCGGCCGUAUGUAGAAGUACAGAGUCAAAAAUGGGAAUGGCUCCUUUCCUCGUCA